AUGGCUGAUUUGCGACAGCUCGCCCUAGAAUACGUCCUUGGCGACGAUGAAGCCAAGCUGACGAUCAUCGCCAAGGACACUGCGAGAGAACUCGAAUCGGCCCCUGCCAACACCAAUCCCGUCGCGCGAUGGGUCGAGGCUGUUCAGCCAUGGAUGCCUAACCGAGACGGCGACGACGAGACUCACGGUGCACCCGACUGGACCGCCCGCGCCAAAGCCCUCGAGUUUCUCUCACGAACGCUGGAGUACCUCGGAAAUGAUGUCCUGAAGCCCAGUCAAACCAAAUUGCUCGUCGCAUUCUUCGGCGCCAUGUUUGACGUCGACCACAAAGCAGGCAUCCUUGCCUCGGCAAGCGCUCUGCGAAAAAUCACAGAGAUGAAGGCAUUCCAACCGUCGAGUGCGAUCGAUAUCUUCGAAAAGCUGUGCUGCUUAAAAGACGAUUUUCCACGACAACUUUCCACGACACGACUCGCCGUAUACAAGCUCAUUCAAUCGCUGCUAACGUCUGAGCCGGUUGAGAAAGACAUUAAGGGCAAGCAAGGACCCAAUUACCAGUUCUUGCUUGAUUUAUUGCAACUUUGCCGAAGCGAAAGAGACCCGGACUGUCUUAUGGUUUGGUUUGCCAUUCUCACGACCAUCAUGACGAAAUACGCACCGAGCCAAGAGACGUUGGACGAAGUCUACGGAACAUUUAAAGCAUAUUAUCCCAUUACUCUACCCAGAACGGCUCAGAGCAAAGUCACUCCCGACGAUCUCAAGUCACAACUCCGCGCCUGUUUCUCUUGCAACUCUAGUUUGGCUAAGCAUACGUUUCCUUUCUUGGUCGGCAAACUGGAUCAGGGCGAUGGAGUUACCGUCAAUGUGAAGAUUGACGUCUUGCGAACGAUCAAGGCUUGUAUAGAGGAAUACGACAAACCCGACGAAACAGUUAUCCCCUAUGCAGACAGGAUAUGGGGCAGUCUCAAGUACGAAGUGCGCAAUGGAGAGAUUGAGGAUGUCAUUUGGGCUACCCUUGAGGUUCUCAAGACACUGACAACCCGUCUCAAGGAGAAUGAUCUGCGCGACUAUAUUCUUAACGUUACUAGAGACUGUGUUGGCGAUUUAUCUAGCGCCAUGUAUGCUGGUGCUGCGGGCCGUUUGCUCGUCAGUGUGUUGAGCGCUAGCCCGGUGGCAUUUGUCCAAAUGGCUGCGCCAACAGUUACCCAUAUCAAAGAGAGCCUGCGCCAUCCCAAGUCUAUAACCCACUCACAAGAUUUAUACAAGAUUAUUCGAGUCGUCCUGCAGACGAGAAUUUUGCUAAUGGAACUGCAUACCGAUACUGCCACACAGAAGGACUUUGCUGCCGUCGACUCAGUCUUCAAGUCUCUCUACCAUGAUAUCUUCAGCUCAGCUCUUGCAAGAGGCAGCAAAGAUGGACCAUCUGAGGAAGAUAUCAAAGUCGCAACUGCAGCAGUGCAUGGUGCUGGUGCCUUGGUCUGUCAAAGAGCUGCCAUUGCUCCCGGCGAGGAGACCAACGAUCCUCUAUCGCUGCUCCCUGAGAAAACGUGCUCUGAGAUUUGUGAGGCAUUAUUUCAAAUCCCUCUCCAUCACUACACUACUCACUCCAGCGAGGCUGGUGUGGAUGAGCUCAUCAACGAGACUACCGAGGCUCUGCAAAAGGCAGUUGUUGCUCACCCAGCAGCCUUUGCCACAACUGUCAGCAAGUUCCAAUCACUACUGAAGUCUACACAAGGAAGCAGCACAGAAACAACUGUUGAUCUCAUUGAAGGUCUUGGUCCGCUAUUGGCCUACGUUGGCUGCUCUGAACUGCCAAAGAACGUUGGAUACGGCGUUUUCCAAUUCUUAAGUCUGUCAGGUCUGUUUACACGAGAGCUCUCUCAAAGCGUAGCCGCUGGCACGAGCCCCAAGAUCUGGUGCGCAUUGAUGGCUGGCCUGGAGAACACUAUUAAGUACUACGGUGACGCUCUUACCAAGACGGAUGUCGACCGCGAGGCUGCUUUCAAUGGACAAGAAUCAAACACCUUUGAUGCGGACGCUAUUUCUAGCAAGAUUACUAGUAGCUACGGCUCAUUACUUGGACUUGGCGCUUCAGGCUCUGUUGAAUAUGGGGAUUUGAAGUCUACGCUCCCAAUUACUUCCGCUGGUGCUCACCAGACCUAUAUCGAGGUCGGCUACGCUUUGCUGAAGCAUUUCUUUAGCAGUGUAACAACCGGAACACAGACAUUAACUCUCAGUGCCGAGUUCAACGGUAAAGAUACCGCCUCUGAACAGCAGUACCUCCACAUGCUCGGUGACUUGGCUAGCUCGUUUAUCCACGAGCUAAGCGAGGUGCAGCAAGUCGACUUGAAGAUUCAUGAGCGAUCGCUUGAUCUGUUCCAGACCACUGUUAAGCUUCCAGUUGGUGAUGCCAUGGCUGUGGAUGAGACCUGGGAGUGGCUGGUCAACACACCUGUCAAUGCUCUGUUCUACGGCAUGAUUGAAUCAACUCGUCCAGAAGUGAUUACCAAAAUUUUCCAAAUGGGCGUUGGCCAGAAGCUUAUCCAGGCUGGCGUCUCCCCAUCCUCGUCUUUUGCAAAUGCCACCACCUCUAGCAUCUCCAAAUCCGUCCUAAGCAUUCUUGCCAACAAGCAUAAGUUAGACGGCGAGGAUGACCUACUCACCUCUAUUGAAUCAAUAGUCACCACGGGACUCACACAAACUACUACCCAUGCUUCAGAAAGAAUCGUUUCGUCCCUUGCCGUUGCCGCAGGUUUCCUGCGUCGUUACACUGGUGCUAAGACGAAACCGCUUGUCGCAGCCAUUCGCGAGGUCCCUAAGAAUGCUGAGCUUGGCUUCAGCCUCGCUCGAAGGUUGGAGAUCAUUGUUGCGCCACAGAGAUUCCUAUCGAAGGACAAUUAUGCUACUGUAAGACCACUGUGGCUGCAGAAGCUGUACUUUGAUCUCGUCAAGCCGCUCCUUGUCGGCGCCACAGACCGAGAAGCAACACCUCUCUCUCGAGCUAGCUGCGGCAUCGCUGUGCUUGUAACUAUGAAGCAUAUUCCCUUUUCCAUCUAUGAGGAAGAUAUCGAUCAGAUUCUUCGCGUGGCCAUUUCCACGUCCCAGACUCUCGGCACUGGGCCAGACACCCUCGCCGCCCUUACUGUCAUCAAGAGCAUCUUGGCCGAAUCUCCCGACAAAGUGCAAGAUCAUAUCCGCAGCUUAAUCACCAUUUGCACCUCUUCUUUCAGCACCACUGCCACCCAUACAUCCCCAGAGUGGCUUCCUGCCACCGCUCAGUCUGCUCGCGCCAGCCCUGCCGUUGUAGCGCAGUCUGGCAAGCUCGCCCUGGAGAUUCUCGCCGGUCUGCCCCGUCUCUUUGAAUCCCGCCAUCUUCUCUCAUAUGUCGGCGAUGUUGAUCGCCAGCUGUCAAUUGCUUGCGGUCACCGCGUCCGUGAGGUUCGCAUGUCUGCUAGAACCGCGCGCACCGCGUGGUCUGAGGUUAACUGA